AUUUCCUUUUCAAUUUCACCAAGAGCGAUAUUUUCCUUCAAAAGAACACAUUUUUCACGAUCCCAAUACAUAAUAUUAUCCAUAAAACGACAAGGACAUCCCAAACUUUGUAAAAUAUAAAAAAGCUAAAAUCAAGAAACCAAAAGUAUCUCAGUAAGCCACAGAACUCAGAGAAAAAUAGUCUUUUAGCUUUUUGGAUUGCAAUUAACAGAUUCUGAGCUUUUUCUUGUGAUUUUUGUGUUGCAAAAUUAUCUGCAGUUUUUUUCAUGCCUAUGUCUACCACCUUUAGCCACCCUAUUUCUUCCUCUCCUUCUAUCUGUUUGGUGAAACCAUUAUACCAACAAAGUUCAAUGCCAGUAAAAUUUAAUGUGUCUUAUCAUUCUUUGGUUGUAAAAUGUUGCUCAUCUCACAUGGGACAAUCUGCAGACCACGUAAAUGGCAGGUACAUCAACAAUUUGAUCAGUGGAAACAUCAGUCAUCAUCCAUGGCUCCUUUUGGUGUCACAAUGACAGAUAAUGGCAACCCUAAACCAUCAUAUAAAUGGCGUAGAGUGCUGCUUAAAGUUAGUGGAGAAGCACUGGCAGGAGAUCAAGCACAAAACAUCGACCCCAAGAUUACAAUGGCCAUUGCAAGGGAGGUGGCAUCUGUUACUCGACUUGGCAUUGAGGUUGUCAUAGUUGUUGGUGGAGGUAAUAUCUUCCGUGGAUCCUCUUGGGAAGGAUGCAGUGGUCUGGAUCGUUCAUCUGCUGAUUACUUUGGGAUGUUAGCAACUGUCAUGAAUGCAAUAUUUUUACAAGCGACAAUGGAGAGCAUUGGAAUCCCUACAAGAGUUCAAACUGCUUUUCGAAUGUCAGAAGUUGCUGAACCUUAUAUACGUAGAAGGGCUGUUAGGCACCUUGAAAAAGGGAGAGUAGUCAUUUUUGCAGCAGGAACUGGGGAUCCUUUCUUUACAACAGAUACUGCUGCAGCCCUGCGAUGUGCAGAAAUUAAUGCUGAGGUGCUGCUGAAGGCAACAAAUGUUGACGGAGUCUUUGAUGAUGACCCUCGGCGUAACCCUGAUGCUCGACUUCAGAAAACCCUGACUUACCAUGAUGUAACAUCUAAGGAACUUUCCGUGAUGGACAUGACUGCAAUUACGUUGUGCCAAGAAAAUAACAUUCCUGUCAUCGUUUUUAAUCUCAAUAAGCCUGGUAAUAUUACAAAAGCUAUCAAAGGAGAGGGGGUCGGCACAUUGAUUGGUAACUACGGGACUUCCGAAACUGCGAGGAUGUAGAGGUAAGAAGUCUGUUUUAGCAGGUGGGAUGUUGGAAGUUAUCAAGUUGCUUGUAGCUAUAAUAUUGAGUACAUUAUCAGAGAACUGAGUCUGAAGAAAGUGCAGCAAAAGUUAGCACUCAAUGCAUGGCAAGAAAGGUGAAUUUUUCCCCUUCUUGAUUGAAAGCCAUGAAUUUUGAAGUAGUCUACUAAAAUGAGUAUAGUUUCUUGGAUCUUAAUGUAGACACCUAUGUUGUGUGUGUAUAUCUAUACACACAAUAUAGAAGAUGGUAUGAUGAUUUACCCCUUCGUGGAACGGUGAGCAUUUUUUAUACGUGCUGCACUUUUAGCCACGGAUGUAUUUUAAAUGGUUCCUUUAUGUUGUC